AUGGCCCGGAUCCAACUCGCCAUCGUUGCUCUCCUGAUCCUAACCAUUGAGCCCUCUUCAUCCGCCCGAUCGUUCAUCCAGUUGCCUACCGACAGAAUCUCCGGUCGAUAUGGGGACGUUGACUUGCAUUGCGGGAGCUGGAAGUUUACAGUGGAAACCAACAGCGCCGGCACCUGGAGCCAGGUCCCCCAGGAAUGCGUCGAUUUCGUGAAGGAUUACAUCUCUGGCGAGCGGUACUUGUCCGAUUCGGACGCCGUGGCCGGCGACGCGGUGGCUUUCGUCAAGGAGGCACAAGUUUCCGGCAACGGGAAGGAUGCCUGGGUUUUCGACAUUGAUGAAACUCUGCUUUCCAAUGUUCCAUACUACGCCGUAAAUGGAUAUGGUUUUGACAACUGGGUGGACUUGGCUGAGGCUCCUGCUUUAUCUGCAAGCUUAAGAUUGUACAAGGAGCUUCAGUCCCUCGGGUUUACGAUAUUUCUACUGACCGGGCGGAGUGAAUUUCAAAGGAAUGCCACUGAGGUUAACCUAAUGAAUGUUGGAUACACAGGCUGGAAAAGGCUUAUCUUGAGGGGAGACUCUGAUCAAGGGAAGGAUGCCUCAGUCUACAAAUCCGAGAAGAGAAAAGAGAUUGAAGAUGAAGGCUACAUAAUUCAGGGCAAUUCUGGUGAUCAAUGGAGUGACUUGACCGGAUAUGCUGUGGCCAGACGAUCGUUUAAGCUGCCUAACCCGAUGUAUUACAUCCCCUAA